UGUUUUGUCUGUGGCUAAAGUCAAUUUCUGAAAGGUCAAAGAAUUGUGAUUCCGGUUGGAAUAAAAAUUAUUAAAAUUGUUUACAUAACAUUAGCAACAAUUUCCUUGGAAUAUUAUAAUAAUUAUGUGUUCACAAAUUGAUAUUUAACGUUUCGUAAUGGUUUUCGAGUCUUUACCCCGUACGGUUCGCAUUCUCUUGCUUGGAGAGCCUGGAGUGGGAAAAACUUCGCUUAUUCUUUCUUUGGUGACUGAAGAAUUCUCAGAACAUGUACCACCUAAAGCGGAAGAAAUCACGAUUCCUGCUGAUGUCACUCCAGAACAAGUACCAACCAACAUUGUGGAUAUCUGUAUAGCUGAACAAUCGUUAGAGCAAAUUGGUGAAGAAAUUGAAAAGGCUCAUGUUAUAUGCAUUGUGUUUUCUGUUGAGAAACAAGAAACACUGAAUAAGGUUGCUUCAUACUGGUUACCAUUUGUAAGGGAAAACUGCCCAGACGACCACAGGAAGCCAGUUAUUCUUGUUGGAAACAAGAUAGAUUUAAUUGACUAUUCUGUUAUUGAUCACAUAUGGGACAUAGCUGAAGAGUAUCCAGAAGUGGACCGUUGUAUAGAAUGUUCAGCAAAAACACUUACAAAUGUCUCGGAAAUGUUCUACAAUGCACAAAAAGCGGUGCUACACCCCAUCACACCCAUUUAUUCUAUUGAGGAACAAGAGCUCACAGAAAAAUGUAAAAAGGCUCUCUCUAGAAUAUUCAGGAUCUGUGAUCUAGAUGGCGAUGGACUUAUGGAUGACUAUGAGAUUACAUUAUUCCAAAGGAAAUGCUUUGACACUCCACUGCAAUUACAGGUUUUAGAUGAAGUAAAAUCUGUAAUUGCUCAAAACAUCGCUGGGGGCAUUGAAAAUGAUUGUAUCACAAUGAAAGGCUUUAUAUUUUUACAUUGCCUGUUCAUACAACGAGGCAGGAAUGAGACAACUUGGACAGUCCUCCGCAAGUUUGGAUAUGAUGAAUCUUUAGAAUUGAUGCAUAGCUAUUUGUAUGCAAACAUCAAAGUACCAUCUGGUUGUACAUCUGAGCUUUCAUACAAAGGUCAACAGUUUUUGACGCAACUAUUUGAAAAGUAUGACAAGGACAAGGAUGGUAUGCUCAAUCCAACUGAAUUGAAGAAUGUGUUCUCCAGCUGCCCUAGAAUCCCUUGGCACAAUUUGAGAUACACUGUACCUACUAAUGAAAAGGGAUACCUGACACUGCAAGGCUGGAUGUGUCGCUGGACGCUGAUGACGCUAAUGGAUCUACAGAACACAAGUGCCUAUCUAGCCUACCUGGGCUUUAACUUCCUCGAAAACGAGUCACAAAAAGCUGCAAUACAUAUAACCCGCGAGAAAAAGGUGGAUAUUGCCAAGAAACAGUCGAGCCGCAACGUGUACCAGUGCCACGUCAUCGGGCCGCGCGCCUGCGGGAAGACUGCCAUCUGCCGGAGCUUCCUUGGCAUUGCCCAUAAGAAAAUAAAGCCAACUCAAGAGCGCGGAGGCGGCGAUAGCACCGACAACUGCUGCAUCAACACAGUCCAAGUAUACGGCCAGGAGAAGAACCUCGUCCUCAAAGAGAUCCCCAUCGCUCGCGUGUCGGACUCACUCAACCCUAGCGAGGUCAACUGCGAUGUCGCCUGUCUUGUCUAUGAUGUGUCCGCAAGUCGAUCGUUCGAGUACAUCGCGAGGAUAUACAUAAAAUAUUUCGCGGAAAGCCACAUCCCAGUGCUGAUCGUGGGCACCCGCAGCGACGUGCCGGUCCGGCAGGAGUACAUCCUGCAGCCCGACGUGUUCUGCAGCAAGUACCAGCUGCUGCCGCCGCAGAGCUUCGCCGCGCGCGACAACCGCCGCGACGUGUUCGUCAAGCUCGCCACCAUGGCUGCUUUUCCUCAAUUUCAAGCUGCUUGGAUUUUAUUCAGCAAACGCAGACACCUGAAGCACUUCGCAAGUUUUGCCGGCGAAAACUCUUCUUGGUGGAAAGCGGGGAUCGGCGUCGCCGCCGCCACGGUCAUGGGGCUCGUCCUCCUCAAGAUGUUCAACUUCCAGAAACGAUAACUGCCACCUCUAGCACCUGUCCCACCGACCGUUAGAAUAGCAUAGAGCCUGACUCGCGUUUAGAUACCUCGGGCCCGUGCACUUGGUAUGGUACUUAAGAAUUUAGGGGGCCCCUUUCUUCAUCUCAGAAGAUUGCUAGGUUACCUGGGCUUAUAGGCCCGGAACAAGAUGAAAAGUAAGCCCUGAAUAGAGCCACAGCUUCAUUCAAUACAGAGGCAGACAAUGUGACAAUCGUUGAAUACCUCAUCGAAAUCAAGAUAUAUUUUUUAUUUUCGCUUAUCGAUGUAUAGUUGCUAUAUUGUCUAGAAUGUCUAGAGUGUCUAGACCAUGUGCAAAUUACGUAGUUUUCUGAAAAUUGGAAAAGUUCUCAGAAAUUUCAGGAAAAUUUCUCGUGAAACACUUUCAUUUUGGAAAUGGAAAAUUUCGAUUCCCAUACAAACAUAUGAGAAGUUGCCGAAAUUAUUCCAUGUAGGUAGAAAUUUCGCAAUUUUGGAAACCUUUCGAAUGGCAGGCACAUCAUUACUCUCACUUAUUCAGACAUUAUUCUCACUGCUCGGAGCAGUUACUGGCGCUGAGCGCAAUUAUAGUUUUCACACAGACCGUAGGAUAUGUAGUUUAUUUAAAAUGAGAACUAAUAUUUUGAGCUCAGGUUGACCUUUGGAAUGAAAGUGCAACUGAGGUGUGUUCGAUGCCUAGCAUCUCUAAAAGACACGCGAAAUAAAUUUCAUCAAUAUAAUAUGGUCUGUGUAGUUACAAAUGCUCUCCGAACGGCGUUGCUUAGCACCUAAUAUAUGUAUAAUGACGACGCGUAUGACGCGUAAACUUGAUAACGUUUCCUCGGUUGUCUUGGACAGGGGUGCUUCUGUAAGUAGAUAUAUAUUUUUGUGGUAGAGAUGACAGAGUGAAGAAAUAGAAUAAGCAGUACUAUAAAGUAUAAAUCGGCAGCGAGAAUAGAUUCUUGAGUGAUAUAAAUAGAAGUAGUCGGUUCCUGGUCGGUGGUGGACAGCUGUCUAUACAAAUUUGUUGUAUUAGAUCUUUAUCUAUGAAUUAGAGUGCAUCUCACACCAAAGACAUAAUAACAUUUGCUUCUUGCAGCUUAAAUACACAGUAUUUUGGUUUUUUUUUAAAUGUAAAUAAAGUUUUAUUUAUUCCUG